AUGGAAUUCACGUUAAGCGAUAACGCUCUCAAAACCUUUGCGCGAUGCAUCACUUGUCUCGCACGCAUCGGAAACGAGCUCGCCAUUCAAGCCUCUUCCUCUCAGCUUCUUUUCCAUACUAUAAAUUCGUCGCGUUCUGCUUAUGAAUGCAUCGCUUUCAAGCCUGGGUUUUUUGACGUGUAUACAGUUUCUGAUAAUUCCGUGCAAUGUAGUGUACUUCUGAAGGCUGUUUGUGCUGUUCUCAGGACACCUAUUACUAAUAUCGACCAUUUGACUGUGAGGCUGCCUGAUCCAGAUGCUCCCAAAGUGCAGUGGAUUUUGGAUUGCUAUAAUGGUAUGAGAAAAACCUAUUGGAUUACUUGCAAUGUAGAACCUGACAUACAACACUUGUCCCUCGAUAGGCAAAAAUUUCCCAGCAACUUUGUUGUGAGGCCUCGAGAUCUGAACAGGUUACUUGCUAAUUUUCAGUCAUCUCUUCAAGAGAUCACUAUCAUUGCAACAGAACCUUCUUCUCUACCUCCUGAUGCUGCAAAUGAAAUUGGUGGAAAGGCGGUUGAACUUCGAAGUUAUAUGGACCCAACCAAAGACAAUGAUACAUUGCUGCACACCCAACUGUGGAUAGAUCCUAAAGAAGAAUUUUUGCAGUAUGUUCAUACUGGAGAUCCAAUGGAUGUGACUUUCAGUGUAAAAGAACUGAAGGCAUUUCUUUCAUUUUGUGAGGGCUGUGAAGUUGAUAUCCAUUUACAUUUUGAGAAAGCUGGCGACAGACCUAUUCUUUUGGCACCAAAGUUCGGUUUGGAGGAUGGGUCUCACUCGCAUUUUGAUGCCACCCUUGUGCUGGCAACCAUGUUAAUAUCUCAGCUUCAUGAAGGGACUGGCUCAGAACCUCCUGCGGGAACCAGAAUACAAACUCAUACUGAAGAAAGAAAUGCAUCUCACGUGCAGCAAGAGAACUGCAGAGCAAAUGCAUCAUCAGAGCUUCCAUCUGAUCACACCCGAAUUUGGUCGGACCUGUCAGCACAUUGCUAUCUUCAUACUCUGUUAAUCUCUACCUUGACUGAUAUCUCAGACCAACUGAAAAGGAUCAUGGACGAGAGCCUCAAGUUUGAAGAGUGA